AGAAUCGAAAAUUGCAGAAUUACAUAUCGUUCUCCUAAAUAUAUGUGGCGAUUCAUGACAUCCCCAAUGAAGAUUCACCGUGUUUAUACGAUGGCUCUUACAUACAUACUGGUCAUGUACCAUAUCCAAAAAUUCUAAGAAACACAAGCGUAGAAUAAGAGCCUAAACUAUAGCAACAUAAUGCUGAAGGAACAAAUAGUAUAUUGAAAAUGGCGUCAUAUUUCUGAUAUUUGUGUCAAUUCAAAUCAAAAUAAAUGAUGAUAAUAAUGAUUCUGUAGGCCACCGUAGUUGUUUAGACCGGAAGCAGCAUGGCAGUGAAAUCAUUUGCAACUUUAUGUCCUCUCUUGAAAAACGAUGUAUUAUUAGAUGUCCUCCAUCAUCAGGACGAUAAUCAUGUGAUUGUUACAUCAAAAAGAUCUGGAGUAACUACUCACGAGGUGUCAAACCAAAAGGUUCUCUCCAGCUGGAAGUUAAGUGAAAACAAAGGUCAUGAAAUCACAUCCCCAGCAGUUUAUAAUAAGGAGAGUGGAACAUAUCACAUGGUCAUCAAUUACAAGGAAAUUUGGACUUGGACAGACAACACUAACAAUUUAGAGAAAUCAAAGAAAAUAAAGACAUCUUACAAAAUCCACAGACUGUUUUCCUUAGAGGGCCAUGGUACAGUUGUCUUACUGGAGAAUGGUGCAGCCUGCCUUUUAUCUGAACUAAAAGAUAAACAGCUCAUUGGCAGGAUCACUGCUGGAGAGACACUGCACUGGUGGCAUGUUGGAACUCUGGGACAAACCCUCUAUGUACUAUUCGUUACUUUAGAUACGGAGGGGAAGGUGAGGCUAUAUCAACAAUGGUUUCCUCCAAGUGGAGCAGUAGAGAAUGUAUCUCAGCUAAAGAGAGAAACAGAUGAUAACCAGUUUGUUAGCUGUACCAUACAAAAUUAUAAAGACCAACUUAAGAUUUUAUCUCUCUGGUCAGAUGGGUGCCUUUGCAGUUGUGUAGUCUCACCAUCAACGGACUUCAAGAUUGAGCUAAAGAACCUUCACCUGAUCCCAAACUUAGGAAGUAAACCUUUUAUAGUUGCUCUAGGAGCCAGCCACAUUGCUGUAUCUGACAUGACUAAUGCACAACAACCCAAACAAGAUGGAAUUGGUGUAUGGGACUCAAAGUAUGGUACUUUACAAGAGUGGACCGUAUUUCCUGAUCCAACCAAUAGAGGUCAGGCCAUAUACAAACAGGAUCACAAUCUGUAUAUACCAAGUAGCAAUGCAUUGUGGGUGUGUGAUUAUGAGAAUAAAGAGAGUAAUCUGAAGAUGUCAUUGGGAAAGUACCCAUCCACAGAUACUAAUGCAUCACUUACAGCAGUUUGGGAUGUAGAAGAUAUGAUCAAUCAGAAAGCCCCAAAUGCCAGCUGCAUUGACCUUCUGCAACAAUUGAUAGACCCAAAUAAGACAUCAUCACCUGAAGAAUUCAAAGAUGUAUUUGCUCAGUUCUUUAAGAUGAGCCAUAAAGAAUCAAACAGGCAUUUAUUGUCUGCAAAGAAUGUUGGGAUCCUCCUGAAUCGCAUCAUUGGAGAAAGGGGUUUUCUAGAACAUACAAGGUUACAGUUCAAACAGUUACUGGACAAAAAAACAAUUGGAUUUAGUGUGUGUCCUCUUCUAUUUGAGAGACUAAUGGAAAGGAACAGUCUGGAACUGAUGAGUUUCUGUUUGGAAAAAGUACAGAAUAUUCCAGAGGGAGUUGCCUUGCAAUGUUUGCAGUACUUCCUCAGAAAGCAGGAUUCUGACUUCAAAGGUGAUAAAGGUAAGCUGAAGGAAUAUGAGAAGAUAACUGAACUUGCUGCUACUGAUUUAUCUUGCCCCUUUGAAGAAAGCAAAGCCAUUGCAAUCAAUCAUAUCAUCAAGUUACCAUUUAAUGAUAUCUUUCUGCUGGAAAGUAUGCGAAAAUUGGAGUACUCAGAGGCAUUGCUUAUCUUGAAACAUAUGCACUAUUUGCUUGGGAGUCUAUCUGCUGAGAUGGCAACUACUCAAAGACACAACACAGCUGCCCCCUCCAUGCUCCAGGUUGUACAAUGGAUGUGCAUAGUUCUAGAUGCCCACUUUACUCAGUUUGUCAUUUCUAGUGAUGCCAGGAAUAUAUUGGCAGACCUACAUUCCAUCUCACAGGAACAGAUGCAGUUCUGGGAUGACUUGCAAAGUUUAGAAGGAGUACUGUCACAACUGAAGAAAAAAUCUAGUUUACCACAAAAACAGACUAUGGGUAUUUACAGAAUAGAAAUGCUUCACAUACCAUGACAGUGGUAUGAAAGUGUUCAUACCUAUGUAUUCCAGACUUUCAUUUCCAUUUUUCUGGAAUAGAUUUUAGCAGGGAAUACCUUGUGAACAGGGAUACAAUUAGAAAUUACUGUUCAAUGUGAGCAGAGUGAUUUAAAUCAUGGGCUUUCAAUUCUAGUUGAAGGCCCAUGUUUAAAUGGAAUGUACAUGAUAUUCAGUGGAAAUCAUUUCAACUAUGAAUACAAUGAUACUCAACCAGGCAAAAAUAAAAAAUAUCAAUGCAAGUGAAAUCAAUGUUUACUAUUUCUUUAUUCUGUGGUGGUUGGUUAUUAACCCAGCAAACAAAGUUCAGUAGGGAUAUAGUGAAGCCCUACAUCCAUCAGUCAGUCCAUCUGUUACUAAGAUGGCCGCCGUUUUAAUAAUGGCAAGU